AUGCAGUACGUCGGAAAGUUCGUCUCCACGGUGUACAACACCAUCACACCCAACAUCAACCCUGCCACCCUCAGCGGUGCCAUCGAUGUCAUCGUCGUAGAGCGUACCGUCAAUGUCGAGGAGCAGGUCGAGGUCGAUGCACAGGGCAACGUGCUUUCGGAGUCCGAGCAGGGCAAGCUACCCGAACACGAGCGCAAGUACAAGACAGUCAAGCGUCAGACCACCGAGCUCGCUAGCACCCCCUUCCACGUCCGUUUCGGCAAGAUGAGCGUACUUCGUCCCGGUGAGAGGAAGGUGACGCUCCAUCUCAACAACUCCACCGACCCCCUUCCCUUUGCUAUGAAGGUCAGCGACUCGGGCGAGGCUUUCUUCGUACUCGAGAUUGAUGACGAGGACGAGCGAAACAACAUCCCCGACGAUCUCGUCACCAGCCCCAUUCUCAGUGCAGCGUCGAGCCCCAUCACCUCGCCAGAAGACGGUGGCGACGCAGAUACUGAUGCCGCGUCAGCCGAAGUGGAGCCUCUCGAGCUUGGAGAUGCCGAACAGCUUCCAGCAUCCUCAUUUGAUUCUGAUGCCGUCGCUGUAGAACAAGACCAGCACAUCAACUCCUCUGACAAGCUGGAGCAGAACAAGCAGAGCGGCCAACCCGAUGACCAGGGCGACCUGAACGUGCCUCACGACUCAACCAAGACUGGCUCCGGCGCCGCCGCAGGCUCCGACUCGCUCCUCAACAAGGUCGGCUCAGCAGCCUCCAAAGCAAGCGGCGUUCUCGGCGCUGCAGGCAGAGCCGUCAUGAGCGGCAGCAACCCUCGGCUCGAUAAGACUGCUGAAAGGGCGCAGCACUCCGAUGGCACCGACAACAUGACAGGCGCCCCCGUCGACCAAGAUCGCGGCGAUGCGCAUCACUACGAGCCUGAACAAGGCGGUCCGCAGGGCAAGGAGCGGCAAGAGGCGCAAGAUGAGGCAACGGGGUCUUCGACCCAAGGGCAGCUUCAGAACGAAACCGAAAGGCUCGAGGCUGAGCUUCAACAGAAAGCGAUGGAGGUGGUCGAGGACGAGGUACUAAGCGAGCACGACAACGAGAGCAUUCUCAGCAUCGAUUCGGCCGAAGAGGCCUAUCCGGCUCCGUUCGGUGCGAGUGGUGAUGCGGCAAAAAAGAGCAAGACCAAGUCGGUCGCAUCCAGUCGUCACUCUGAGUAUCUCGGCGGAAAGCGUCUCAAGCCUGUGCCCAUUGGUGAUGGCAACAGAACUCUUGAUCCUGCUAUGACCGACGCUUCGACCCACAUCUACAGACACGAGCAGCGACAGCAACAGCGGAAGAGCAGCGGAGACGUUGACGAGGAUUUCGACGAAGACACAGCAGUAGACGACGACGACGACGACGACGACGACGACGAGCAUGACCACCACAGCGACGACGAAAUCAUCGGAACGGUCAAGGUCAAGCAGCGUAAGGAGGAUCUUCAGUACAUGCUCGACAUGGACGGAUACAAGAUGACUCCGGACGGCGAAGAUCUGGCCUAUCGAGAGGGACAUCGUUUCGCUGACGAGAUGCCUCUCGGACGGCGUCAUGGUGGCAAUGGACGCCAUGGACACCCAGACCGCCUCAACGGACCGGGACAUCAGCACAAGGUCUCGCUUCCAGGCUCCUCUACUACUGCGAUGCGACGCGGUUCGGGCUCGCGCUCCCACCGACCCAGCUUCUCGGUCGAUUACCGUACCCAUCGUUCCUCCCACUCCCAGAGCCGAGAGCGCGAGGCGCGUCGAGAAAGUCUGGACGACACGGCCGCCGCCAACCUCUCCAAGUUCAACUCGCAGUAUGGCUCCCCACAUCUCGGUGGUGUCCCCGUGCAGAGUGGCCAUCAGGAUGAGAUUGAGCUUUCUCGCGAUCUGGCACGGCUCGCUCGAAUGAACAGAGUCUCAGAGGCGGAUCCGCAUGCAAGGGGUCGACGCCAGCCAAAAGGUCCUGAGUCGCUCCGUCGACACGCUUCGCUCCACAAUCGCCACAAACAAAGAGACCCCAAAUCGCGAGCAGAAAACAGGCGCAGUGGCACCGGUUCCAAGUCGCGCCACACGCACGAGUUUUCGCUCUCAGACACCGAAGCCGAAGUGCCGCGAGCCAAGUCGACCUCGGGACACAAUUCGAUCGACACCUCGACUGACAGGCCGACUGCGUCUUAUGCGGUGGGCGAAGUGGUCUCGAGCCUGCGAGAUCUGCGAUUGCCAAGUGAAGAGGCGCCCCCAGUCUAUCUGGACGACACGAGCGCAGCGCAUCUUGGCCUCUCCAGCAAUAGUCGCUGGCAAUGGGCUGAUCCUGCCGGCAACUCGGCCGCGUCCACGCCGACAGGCCCGCCGAAUGUGCGCCGACGCACGCGCUUUGCGAGCAGCGACGGCUACGAAGCUGCUCGAUCGCCCGAUGCUUCGGCGCUGGAAGCACUGCGACGCCAUACCGAAGAAGGUGAGGUGGCGGGCAAGCUGACCAGUUCUGAGUCCAAGCCGUAUACUUUCCUGCUGCAGCUGGAAGACUCGUCGCACUCCUUUGAGCUGAGUCUCUGCUACAGCGACUCCUUUGGCCAAAACCAAGAAGCGGACGAGUACAAGUUCCUCGAGAAUCGCGUCUCCUUUGAGCGUUUCGCGCACGACCAGGAUGUGGUGAAUGACGAACGACUCGUCAUUCGAUAUCACGAUCGAUUUUUGACUUGGGAGAAUGCGUCUGCCGUGCUGGCCACAUUGUCGCUGUACCGCCGCACACUCUCGGGGAGCUCUGCGACCAACUUGGACGAAGAGGCGGAUGACGCUGAGGCUUCGUCGAGAUCGAGCUAUUGGUCGCGCUGGUUCAAGAGGAGCAGUAAGAGCAUUCCAGACCUCAAGCAGGCAGCUGACGCCCAGACUACGGCCACAGACGAGGUGGAAGGUGUGACGCAGACAAAGAGGGCUACUCCUGCCGGCGACGACACGAUGCUGGAAAGAUCCAACACGGACUCAGUGCUGCUGGAGGCGGACAAGGCGGAGGCGGAAAAGCUGGCAAAGGAGGCGGCGGCUAAGGCGGCGGCUGCGGCUGCGGCUGCCGCAGCUCAGAAGAGAGCGGGCAAGACGUAUGCAAAGACGUUGCGUCUGACCUCGGAGCAGCUCAAGUCGCUCAACCUGCGCAAGGGGUCCAACAGCAUCACCUUUUCCGUCACCUCUUCGUACUCGGGUGUCGCCACAUGUUCGGCACGUAUCUUUUUGUGGGAGUCGAACCACAAGAUUGUCGUUUCCGACAUUGACGGUACCAUUACGAAGUCGGACGCGCUCGGCCAUGUGUUUACCAUGAUUGGGCGAGACUGGACACACAUCGGUGUGGCCAAGCUGUACACGGAUAUCGCGCGAAACGGCUACCGUAUCAUGUAUCUCACCUCGAGGGCGAUUGGUCAAGCCGACUCGACGAGGGAUUACCUCAAGGGCAUCCGACAGAACGGCUAUCAACUACCCGACGGUCCGGUGAUCAUGUCGCCGGAUCGCCUGAUUGCCAGUCUGCACAGGGAGGUGAUUCUGAGGAAGCCCGAGGUAUUCAAGAUGGCGUGUCUGCGUGACAUUGCGAGACUGUUCGGUGCGGAUCCGAGGACGGCACAAUCUCAGCCCGGUGGAGAUAUUAAGAAUUCGAAUGCGGAGGAGAAGGAGAACGUGCAGAAGGAUACUGGUAUGGAUGAGAGUCCUGGUGGCGGCGCUGCUACUGCUGCCGGCUCUGUGUCCGCCGAUUUCAGCCAACUACAGGAGGAGUCGGCGACGUCGGAUGCCAACAGCGUCAGGUCGGGGCGACUGAGCCCUACACCUUCCACCAUGUCUUCGCCCACGCUGGCGUCCAUCGCCCCACUUGACCCGCAGCCGCCGGUCAAGAAGGAAGAGCACCCAACGCCGUUCUACGCCGGGUUCGGCAAUCGUAUCACCGACGCGCUGUCGUACCGCAGUGUCAACAUCCCUUCUUCGCGCAUCUUUACCAUCGAUACGAACGGUGAAGUGAAGAUGGAGCUGCUCGAAUUGGCGGGAUACAAGUCUUCGUACAUCCACAUGACGGAUUUGGUGGACCAAAUGUUCCCGCCGAUCACGGCCAAGGAGGAGAUGGAGCCGAGGAAGCCCGAGUACAACGACUUCAACUACUGGAGGCCAGCGAUUGUGGAGAUCGAGCUACCUGGGGAUGACGAGUUGUUGGGGUCGCCGCCGGUAAGUCCGGCGCUGUCGGCGAGGUCGGGCAGAAGUUUGAGGAGCGUGAGGAGUGCGACAUCGGACUCGGUGGCCAACUUUGUGGGGGCGGGUGUGGCCGGGGAUGGGAGAGGUGCAUGUUCGGACAAGGCGGCGGGAGCGGGGACGGCGGCAGAGGACAAGCCUGGGCGAUUGUCGCGAUUCGGAUUGGGCUCGCUGGGGUUGUCGAGGAAAGGAUCGCAGUCCAGCGCCAGUGGACGACCGGAACACGCCAACACGGUCGGCCCAGAGCUGAGCACCGAGGCGAGGGACCGCAAGACCAGAGCCACGUCUGCCGAGCCCGCACUCGAAACGGGCAUGACGGCAUCACCGAGUGGGUCGUCCUGGACUGCACCCUGGCGUAGGAGGGCUGCGAGUCCCGAUGUGGAUCUGGCGCACCAGCAGAGGGCCACAUCGCCACUGGUCGGGCCCGUGAUCACAGCUGAGCCCGAGAUGGAGAGCGAGGACGAGGGGCACGAGGACGACGAAGAGUUCUAUGAUUCCGAAGGCGUGGAUGAGAAUGACGACGUGAGUAGCUUCGGGGGGCCGAGGAGUCGGGUCGAUAGCUUUGAUCUAGACGGAGGGGUCGGUGCGAGGAGUGAGGGGACGAGUGGGCGCAAGGUGCUGCAGAGGCAGGUCAGUGCCACCAGGCCGAGCGAGGAUGAGGCGUAUAAUGACGAAGAGGAGGAGGAAGAAGAGGAGGAGGAAGAGGAUGACGAUCCGCUGCUGGAGACGGGUGAGAUCAGGUUCGAGUGGAAAGGUUAG